CGCAGUGCGCGCGCGCGACAGAGAGCGACAGGCGGAGCCCUGGCGAGAACUUACGUCAUUGUCCUGCGACUCCAAAUUAACGUCUGUGGGAAAGCCGGGCUGUCCUGAGUGGGAGUGGCACCGAGCUGCAGGGUAUCUUAAAAAGAAUAUUUUUAAAAUGACCACACCAAACAAGACACCUCCUGGUGCUGACCCUAAGCAGUUGGAAAGGACUGGAACAGUACGGGAAAUUGGGUCACAAGCUGUUUGGUCACUCUCAUCGUGCAAACCAGGAUUUGGAGUGGAUCAGUUACGAGAUGACAAUCUUGAAACUUACUGGCAAUCAGAUGGCUCCCAGCCUCAUUUAGUAAACAUCCAAUUCAGAAGAAAAACAACAGUGAAGACAUUAUGUAUUUAUGCAGACUACAAAUCUGAUGAAAGCUAUACUCCAAGCAAGAUCUCGGUCAGAGUAGGAAAUAAUUUUCACAAUCUUCAAGAAAUUCGGGAGUUUGGAAAAAACUUGGUUGGCCAUUUCUGUCUUGGAGUCUCUCAUGCAGUUACAGUCCUAUGUCAGCAACUUGAAUUGGUGGAACCAAGUGGCUGGAUUCACGUUCCCUUAACUGAUAAUCAUAAGAAGCCCACUCGCACAUUCAUGAUACAGAUUGCUGUUCUAGCCAAUCACCAAAAUGGAAGAGACACCCACAUGAGACAAAUUAAAAUAUACACACCAGUGGAAGAGAGCUCCAUUGGCAAAUUUCCUAGAUGUACAACUAUUGAUUUCAUGAUGUAUCGUUCAAUAAGGUGACCUUAACACAGAACAAAAGUCAUUAAACGUACCUUUGUUUUAUCUUGUCAGUAAAUAUUAUAUCUGGAAUCUUUAUUGAAAAAAACAUCAGUUAUUUUGCAAUUUUGUAUGCAUUGAAGAGUAUUUUAUUGUAACUUUAACAAAUAAAUUUUGGGUCAUACUAUUUUUAUUUUCUUUAACAUAUAAUAAAGCUCACAUAUUUUACAUUAUUAAAAAAGUAUUUGAAGCCCCUCAUUAAAUUUUUCAUUAUAUCAAAAGAAAAACAAUUGAACUGAGUAUUUUAAGAGAUACGCCAUUUUUAAUAACCAAGUUAUUAUUUCAUAUAGUGGUCAUGUGUUAAAGUAAUGAUUUAUUGCAUGUUUGGGAACAGUACUAUGUUCUAUCAAUUAAUAGGCCAAAACUAUUCUUUUUUUCCUCCUCUCUCUAGAGGAAGCUUAUUCUUUUAAUACUGGGCCUUUUAAAAAAUAGUGUCAAAAUAGGCUUAGCAUUAGAUAUCUGAUGAGAACCAUUCUGAUUUGGGGAAUAUAGUUAAUUGUAUCAUAAUUACUUCCAUGAAAUACUUUUAAUCCCAGGGUUCUCUGUAUCCUGACAUUGUGUCAGAGAUUGCCAGUAUCAUCUGCUAUUUAUUCUAAUGCUAGUGCUGCUUAUAGUAGAUGUUUUUUUUUUUAAAUUUGUAUCUGACACAGAAGCAUUCUGUGAGGGAUGAUAAUAUGUCUCAUAAAAAUUUUUAAAAUGUAUAAAAUUGUUCUUUGUAUAUGAAAAUAUUUUAAAGGAGCUUAAAUAUGUUUUCUUUCCAUGGUUUAAAAUGAAUAGAUUUGAUUCUGUAUGGUUUUUCUUUUUUUCCCCCUAUAUCUACUACUUUUUAGGAGGAUGGUUAGCCACAGAACUUACCCAGAUUGGCUCUUAUGUUUAGGAAAGGUUCCUGGGUGGUUCUUGCAUUGCUUGGUAGACUGAAGUCUUGAAUAGUAAAGUUUUAGAUCUUUUUUUUUUUUUUUUUUUUACUUGAAGUAUACUUAA